UCGAGGGUCCUAACAGGCUCCCCAUGCUGUUUUCCAAAGCACCGGUCCCGCUCCAGUUCCAGCCCUUUGCCAUCUGCUCUUCACGGCCCGCCUGUUUCUCGGCCUCCCACACUACCCUUCGUCUUAAAGACUGCUUUCUCCACUCGCUGCCAGGCUUCCUGACUUCUCUGGCUCUCAUAGUGGCCAAUAUGGGUUGAAUCUGGGCUCCAUCAGCACUCCUUGGCCCCGCUCAUUCCUUCUCUCUAUCUCUCCUCCCUCCUCUCCCUCUCUCCUUCCUUUCCCCUCCCUCUCCCAUCCCCCUAUCCUCUCUCUCCCUCUGGGCUCCCGCAUUCCGCUUCGGCAGCCGGCCGGCGCCUCCGGCACCAUGCUCCGGCUCCUCCGGUUGCUGCUGCUACUGCUGCUGCUGCCUCCGCCGGGGUCCCCCGAGCCCCCAGGCCUGGCCCGGCUGUCCCCGGGUGCGCCCCCCCAGGCCCCGGACUUGCUCUACGCGGACGGGCUGCGCGCCUACGCGGCCGGGGCUUGGGCGCCGGCCGUGGCGCUGCUGCGGGAGGCGCUGCGGAGCCAGGCGGCCCUGGGCCGCGCGCGGCGGGACUGCGGGGCGCGCUGUGCGGCCGAACCGGGGGCCGCACUCCCCGCCGUGCUGCUCGACGCCCCGGACUCCGGGCCCGGCCCGGCGCAGGGGGCCUGGGAGCGGCUGCUGCUUCGCGCCGCGCUCCGACGGGCCGAGUGCCUGACCCAGUGCGGGGUGCAGAGGCUGGGCCCCGGGGGCGCGGCGCGGCUCCGCGUGGGGAGCGCGCUCCGGGACGCCUUCCGCCGCCGGGAGCCCUACAACUACCUACAGAGGGCCUACUACCAGCUGAAGAAGCUGGACCUGGCAGCCGCCGCAGCACACACCUUCUUUGUAGCAAACCCAACACACCUCCAGAUGCGGGAGGACAUGGCCAAGUACAGGCGUAUGUCUAGGGUGCGGCCCCAGAGCUUCCGGGACCUGGAGACUCCCCCAUACUGGGCAGCCUAUGACGAUGGCCUGGAGCUACUGGGGCGUCAGGAAGCAGGACUGGCACUGCCCCGGCUAGAGGAGGCCCUGCAGGAGAGCCUGGCCCAGGUGGAGAGCUGCCGGGCUGGCUGCGAGGGGCCUGAGGAGCAGCAAAGGGAGGAAGAGGAGGAGGAAGGGACUGGAGGCCAGGGGGGCCUCUAUGAGACCAUUGCAGGGCACUGGAUUCGGGUCCUACAGUGCCGGCAGCGCUGUGUGGGGGACGCAGCCACACGUCCUGGCCGCAGCUUCCCUGUCCCUGACUUCCUUCCCAGCCAGCUGAGGCGGCUGCACGAGGCCCAUGCUCAGGUGGGGAAUCUGUCCCAGGCUAUGGAAAAUGUCCUGAGUGUCCUGCUCUUCUACCCGGAAGAUGAGGCUGCCAAGAAGGCUCUGAACCAGUAUCAGGCCCAGCUGGGAGAGCCGAGACCUGGCCUCGGGCCAAGAGAGGACAUCCGGCAAUUCAUCCUUCGAUCCUUGGGGGAGAAGAGACAGCUCUACUACGCCAUGGAGCACCUGGGGACCAGCUUCAAGGAUCCUGAUUCCUGGACCCCAGCAGCUGUCAUCCCAGAGGCACUUAGAGAAAAGCUCAGAGAGGAUCAAGAGAAGAGGCCUUGGGACCAUGAGCCGCCACAGCCAAAGCCCUUGACCCACUGGAAGGAUGUCCUCCUCCUGGAGGGAGUCACCCUGACCCAGGAUGCAAGACAGCUGAAUGGGUCAGAACGGGCCGUGUUGGAUGGGCUGCUCACCCCAGCUGAGUGUGGGCUGCUGCUGCAGCUGGCCAAGGAUGCCGCUGAGGCUGGAGCCAGGUCCGGCUAUCGUGGCCGCCGCUCCCCUCACACCCCCCAUGAACGCUUUGAGGGGCUCACAGUGCUCAAGGCUGCACAGCUGGCCCGGGCCGGGGCCGUGGGCAGUCAGGGGGCUAAGCUGCUUCUGGAGGUGAGCGAGCGCGUCCGGACGUUGACACAGGCCUACUUUUCCCCGGAGCGGCCCCUGCAUCUUUCCUUCACCCACCUGGUGUGCCGGAGUGCCAUAGAAGGAGAGCAAGAGCAGCGCAUGGACCUGAGUCACCCGGUGCACGCAGACAAUUGCGUGCUGGACCCCGACACUGGGGAGUGCUGGAGGGAGCCCCCGGCCUACACCUAUCGUGACUACAGUGGGCUCCUCUACCUCAAUGAUGACUUCCAUGGUGGGGACCUGUUCUUCACAGAGCCUAACGCCCUCACGGUCACAGCUCAGGUUCGUCCUCGCUGUGGACGCCUCGUGGCCUUCAGCUCCGGUGGGGAGAAUCCCCACGGUGUGUGGGCUGUGACGCGGGGACGGCGCUGCGCCCUGGCACUGUGGCACACCUGGGCCCCUGAGCACAGGGAGCAGGAGUGGACAGAAGCCAAAGAGCUACUGAAGGAGCCAGAGGAGGAAGAGGAGGAGGAGGAGGAAGAGGAAGAAACGCCAAGCAGAGACCCUUCCCCAGAACCCCCCAGCCGCAGGCUUCAGCGGGUCCAGGACAGAGUUGGGAAACCACCUCGGGUCCGAGAGGAGCUGUGAGGGACUGAGCCAGCUCCUUGGGGAGGUGGCCACUUGACUUGUGAAGGGCCACCUUGAUGCCAGGACCCACGAGAAGCCCCCAUGUGAUGAGAGCAGAACAGCGAGCUCUCUGUCCCUGCACCCCUACUCCCUUGGGGAUCACGAGGGCUGUCCAGCCCUGGACUCAGAGGACAGUGCACAGACGAGCCUAGAGCUCAUGAGGCCUGGCUGAUGGACCUCCAGCCCUAGGACAGACCGAGGACACUAUGCCUCCCUGGAAAGAAAUGGCAGGGUUAGGACCCGACUGCUUCCCAUGUGGAGGAUGAGAGGGAGGAUAGCCCCAGUGCCCUGUCCCAGCCUGUAAUAAAGAGCUGAAGAUCCCUCAGCCAGGGCCCGAUGGAGUGUAUCACAGUUUUUCUGGUGUCUGCAGAGGGGAGUGGCUGUGGCUGGCCUGGGAGGAGACAGGUGUCUUUGGGCCUCCCAGAGGCGGGGCCACUCAAAGCCUGUGAUUUGUCAGGGAAAUCUCGGCCACCUGCUCCCCGCAUGCAAAUGGACCUAAACCCCUGACAGCUGCUCCUUGGGCCUCCAACUCUAAGCCCUGUCUUCCCUCUCUGAGCUUGACCGAGACAUAGGGCAGCCUGAUCCCUCUGGUUCCAGCCUUCACAGCCCCAGCAGGACUCCGUGAGUCAUGGGGGCAAGGAGUGGGCCAAACCCCAGAUGGGAGCGGGGUCGGGGUUGCUCCCCGCUUCCCACCCUUGGUCCACUCAAAGCAGGGACAGGCCCGUCCAUCUUCCUCUCUGGAUCCCCUAUGCCUUUCCCCACCCCCCAGGAUCAGACCCAGGGGCAGCUGGUUGGGGUUUGUUGAGAAGAAGGAUUAUCCAGAUCAGUCCCUUCUAAUCUCAGCUCCUGCCUGCACCCUCCCCAUAUUCACCGUAACCCUCUUACCCCCCUUCCCCACAACUCUGAACUAAGAGUCCAAAUCUUGGGCAUUGACGAUGAGCCACCUCUCACCUUCCUAUUCUGGCUCCUGGACUGGUUGCUAGGCAGGCCCUGACUGCCACGAUCAUCAGCGUUGGUGGGGGCAAGGGCCUGGCGGGGUGGGGGGUGGGGGGGCUGGAGCUGUGCUUGCUUCUGCUCUUCU